CCAGGUAGACAUAUGGUAGUGAGAUUCAUCUUUCUUUCUUUCAAUGACAGCAACAUGGAAGGCUCAGGGCUGUUCAUCUUGGGCUUUGUCCUAUAUGUUACUCACUGCUUGGAAAUGCUGGGAGCAACGAAGCCAGACAUUGAGAUGACUCAUAAUGUAACCGGAGUCCUGGGAGAGGACGUGUACCUGCACUGUCAAUACUUGGGGCAGAAUAACAUCAUCUAUGCCCUGUGGAAACGCCAGAUUGACUCCAAGCUGAAGCGGCUGACAGGUUAUCACAACAACAAGGCCUUCACCAAAGACCCCGACUUCUCUGCCCCUGCAUCAGCCACCAACCUGACUGUAAGGAUGAGCGUGUCCAGCCUCGAAGCUGAGGGAGAGUACAUCUGUGUGUUUGUUUCUGACGAAGAGGAGUUCACCGACACCAUGGUCCUCAAUGUCUUAGCUCGGCCAGUAAUCCAAACAUCAGUGACGGAAGAGACAGCCAACGGCACCCACUACCAGUCUGUCACCUGCUCUGCUGUCAAUGGUAAACCCAGGCCUGAGGUCAGGUGGAUGAUCCGGGGGACUCCUGUGGAGAUGACAAACACCAGCCACACCAAUGGCACUGUCACAGUGCGCAGUGUGCUCCGCUUCCCCACUCACCUGCAGGACCAGGACAGGGUGACAUGUGAGGUCCAGCACCCUACCCUGCCAGAACCGGCCUUCGUCACUGUGAAUGUGGAGACCUUCGUGGCUCCAAAUGUGACCAUAGAGGCAGACUUGGUGAUGGAGGAGGGUGUGGAUAUCUGGAAGAUCACAUGCAGGGUGUAUGGUGGAAGACCCAAGGCUGGCAUCUCCCUGGCAUUGCCCAUCCACCAGGAGGAUGAGCGUGGUCCGUGGAGGGAGUGGGGCACCAUUUCCGAUACCCAGGCCAGCUCAUACCACCUCCCAGCAAGGCUGUAUGAGGGACAGAAUAUAACCUGUGUGUUUGACCACCCCAUGUUCACCCACAGGGAGCUACGGACUGUCACUCUGCCAGCUUUCUAUUUGUCAGCUGUGCAGUUGGUUAACUCAGAGUCUACAGGAAAUUACAACAAAAACCAGGCCAUGAAAGCAGUGGUGUUAAAGGAGGGGCAUGGUAACAGCACCAUCACCCUUCAGGUCAUCGGAGAUGUUCCACGUUACACUGUGAUCUGCAUAAAAGAUGACGGGCCCUUACCAGAGGGUAUGGAGGUAACUGGCAGUGUCCUCAGGGUUCAGGGCCCAGUAGAGCUGACCCAUGCAGGCCUGUACGAGUGUGAGGCCUCCUACCAACACCUAAAGGCCUCUGUCAAACUGAACGUCACUGUCAGCGCACAUGAAAAGCAACCUGUGCUUGUUACUCCCAGAAUAAGGAUUGAUACACAGGAAAGACUUGAAGACAGACUCAUUGAGUGUCUGGCUGCCGAGGCCGUCCCUGCCGCCAACCUGUCCUGGCUACUUCCUGAGGGUGUGUCCGGGCUCCACUGGUCCAAUUUCACGUCCCAUAAUGGAACACACUCAGUCAGGGCUGUGUUAGUCUUGCCUGUCUGCCUACAACAGGAGCUCAGUGUGAAGUGCAUGAUAGAUCAUCCAGCCUUCGAGAAGCCAAAAAGCAGACGCAUAACACUCCCUGUGUGUGCCCCUGCUAACAUCACCAUAGAGUCCAGUUCAGAAUGGGAGGACAGCACAGCAUACACACAAGUGCAGUGCAGUGUGGACAGUCCUCACCCUUUGGCCACAGUGUCUUGGAGUGUCGGGAGCAGUGAGACCAGGGCCCUGCAUGGGGUCCAGAUCCUGCCUGAGGUGCAUGCGAGUGGUCGUGUGUCUGUCCAGAGUAGGGUGAGAUUCCCUACCGCCAUGUUCUCUGGUCAGAAUGUAACUUGUGCGGUGGAGCAUGCUAGUCUGGAGAGAACUGAGAGGAGACACAUACUGGUGCCGGAGCUGGAAGGCCCAGUGAUGAGUGUGUCUGUGAGGAAGCAGACACAGUCCUCUCUCUGGCUAGCAGAAUGUGAGUACAGGGGGGAGGGUGUUGGGGUACACCUCUCCUGGGUCCUAGCAAAGAACACCACAUGCCAAACCUCAUCCUCCCUCCACUCGUACUAUGAGGGCCUACAACUGCACACAAGACUGACCUAUGAGUUCCCGUUGGCUCUGUAUGAGGGACAGGACCUAACCUGUCUCAUUCAAAAUGAACAUGGGCUGAAAGCGAGAAGGACAGCACAUGUUCCCAUAUAUGACAUCUCAUUUAUCAGAGUACUGAAUCAGACCACUCCACUUAACAGACCUCACGGAAGGGAUUUCAUCAUACACAGACUAGCUUUGCAGGAGAAUGUCCACGGCCAGAGAGUCCUGUUCAGAGUCAUUGGCAGUGUUCCCACCUACAACCUCACCUGUCAUAGGAGUGAUGGCUCAGUGGCCCUGGUGGAGGGUUCAGCCCUGGUGUUUCCUUCUGCGGUGACAGAGAGAGAAACAGGCCUGUACACCUGCCAGGCGUCCUUCUACCACCACAAGGCCACAACACUUAUUCAGCUGGAGGUCAACAGUGAAGACCAAGAGCUUAUGUACCUUGUCAUUGUUUGCUUCUCUACGGCCAUGGCGGUCACACUCCUCGUCAUCGUCACUCUCUGUGUGUUCUGCAAAAGCAGUGAAGCACACCAGCCAUCACCAAAGAAGCGUGAGUCUCUGGCCGCCCUGACCAGCCUGAUGCAGGGUCCCUGCUCUCCUGACCUGAGGAAGCCUGCCGUGGGCUCAGAGGAAGGCCAGGAAUAUGUCCACUUUUUGAGCUAUAAUAUCAUCCUUGAUGUUAAGUCCACUGUCUAAGAAAACUGCCUUGCUCAAAGACCUUUAAGCUGGCCUGGCUGUGUUGUAGUAUUACUGCCUUGCUUGCUUUUUCUUCAGAGUUGCAAUAUGCACAGUACAUAAAGUUGUGUACCACAAUUAUAUACCAAGCAAUAUUUUUGGUUAAUUAACUUGCAUUAAAAUGUCUUGUUGUGUAAAAUGGCAAUCUUGUCUUACUUCACAAUUGUUUUGUUUGUUGGAUGAACAACAUAAAAUAAAAACUAUGCACACA